AUGGACGUAUCGACGACCCAUCGACUAGGAUCAUCUCGCGAGGAGGCGCAGGAUAAUCAGAAGUUUUUGACCGCCAGUCACGUGGAGUGCUAUUUUGAAAAGUUCCUGUUGGAUGCCGGGCAAAAUUUGGAGAACCGGACGAGUGCGUCUUCUGAAGCAUUGAAAAGUUUUCUGGAAUCGACCAAACAAGACGAUCGAGCUUCUUUUAGACGACUCCUGGAAAGGUCUAGCUUAAUCACGGACCCCGAGUCCCUGUACGCAGAUUUCAAGCGACGAUAUAAGCCCAUAGAAGUUAAUCAGAUGCUCUUUCUUAUCGACGAGGAAUUUCUGGCGAACAAAGAAAGGAUUUAUACCAGUCCGGAUACCCCCAAGGCAUCCGAAAAUCUCAAGAUAAUCAUGAGCACAAUCCUCUGGAUGGACAGUCUGUUUCCCUCGAACACAGGCAUUGGGUGGAAAUUGAGCUUCAUGAGCUUUCAAAGCGUCUCCAUCAGAGAUCUCCGCUGGCUCGGGAAGUCCCGUCAGCACGGCUCAUCGACGGGGCACGAAAUGAGCGACCAGGACAAGGAUAUUGUCAAUAAACUUUGGAGAUGGCUCGAAACGCAUGACCAGGAACCAAUUCAGUUGGCAUUUGCUAUGGCCAGCCACGGGAUGGUGAGAGAUGUGUUGAAAGAGAAUGGCCAGCUGUGCCUCAUCAUUGAUGAUUUGAAUGGAUUGGUUGGAAUACCGCUGCCCCUGGGGAUAAAGGCGUAG